AAGGGGGGCCGAGGCCCCGGGCGGGGGCUCGGCGCGGGCCCGAGAGAUGCCGGUGUCGGCGGCCCGAGCGGCUGCAGCUGCAGCGGCGGGGGAGGCGGCAGCGGAGCUCGGGAGGGGGGCUGCGCGGGGGGCCGGCGCGUAGCCGGGACUAUGGAGGGGCAGAGCGGUCGCUGCAAGAUCGUGGUGGUGGGGGACGCGGAGUGCGGCAAGACGGCGCUGCUGCAGGUGUUCGCCAAGGACGCCUACCCCGGGAGUUAUGUCCCCACCGUGUUUGAGAACUACACCGCGAGCUUUGAGAUCGACAAGCGCCGCAUUGAGCUCAACAUGUGGGACACUUCAGGUUCCUCUUACUACGAUAACGUCCGGCCUCUGGCCUAUCCUGAUUCGGAUGCUGUGCUCAUCUGCUUCGACAUUAGCCGCCCAGAAACACUGGACAGUGUCCUCAAGAAGUGGCAAGGGGAGACUCAGGAGUUUUGCCCCAAUGCCAAGGUUGUGCUGGUUGGCUGUAAACUAGACAUGCGGACCGACCUGGCCACACUGAGGGAGCUGUCCAAGCAGAGGCUUAUCCCUGUUACACAUGAACAGGGCACUGUGCUGGCCAAGCAGGUGGGGGCCGUGUCCUACGUGGAGUGCUCCUCCCGGUCCUCUGAGCGCAGCGUCAGAGAUGUCUUCCACGUGGCCACAGUCGCCUCCCUCGGCCGGGGCCAUAGGCAGCUGCGCCGUACUGACUCACGCCGGGGACUUCAGCGAUCUACUCAGCUGGCAGGACGGCCAGACCGGGGAAACGGGAAUGGGACCGGAAACGAGGGCGAGAUACACAAGGAUAGAGCCAAGAGCUGCAACCUCAUGUGAAGGGCCCCGUGGGCAGACUGAGGAGGGAAGGUGUAGGCACAGUUGUCCCCCUGCUGGCCCCCGGCCUCCUGACCUCCUGACUCUGCCUGGGACUUUAGGGUGGGCGAGUGAGCAGUUCUCCUGGGCAGGGAAGCUGGAGGCAGAAGGGUACCGCCAUUCCCCACAUCCUCAUUCAGCUCCUCUCCAAGGCAAGUUGAGGGAACUAGCAGAACAGGCAUCUGGGCUGGGAGCUGGGAUGGGGCCAGGGGGUUGGGGAAGCUGGCAUCAAGCGGUGACCUUGGUUGAGUCUCAGUAUAUGAAGGGUGCCUUCCCUCCCCACCUUCAGUUCCCAUAUCCUGGUCCUGGCUUCCUUCCCCAAGGAAAGUGUCCAUUCUCUGACCUUCCCUCUUCCUCUCCUCUCACUUCUACAGCUAUUCUCACUCAUCCUAACCUCCAGGCAACAUGCACUAAAUUAAAAAGCAAGUUGAGAAGCCUCUCCCCCGAUUUACCCACCAGUCUUAGCUCCCUCCCUCCCUUCCCCCAAGAGUCCCCAAAUAAAGCCCAUGUCCAUGGAAAA